UAGAAGUUGCUAGUCACAGGAGCCAUAAUGGCGUUUGUAGUCUCCUUCAGCUAGGGCUGUGGAUGAUAUUAAAUCCACUAGCAUCGCCCUAAAUAUAGGCCUGGUUGAUUCCCAGAGCCAUUGAUAAUAAACUGGAACAUCUACUGCACACGAAAAUACUAUGAUUUCUAAUCAAUAUUGAAUUUAUAGGGGAUAAAACUUACAUUAAAGGGAACAUGUAAACAGUACCAACCGGGUCAAGUUUUCAUUUUGUUGGAGAAACGAGCGUCUUUUAAUGAAGGCAUUUGCUUGUUUCUGAAUGCUAAGACCGUAAUUCUGUGGAAUAAAAACACCUUUACUUAACUUGGCACCGGACAAGGACACCUUUCACAAAGGGACUUUUUUCUUUUUCACGGGUCAGCUCGCUAGCCGCUGAGCAUUAGCUAGCGGUGCUAGCUAAAUUGAGACGGAGACGACACCACACUUCUCCGAUAUUUGGUUGGGAUCUUUUUCAUUCACUGACUAUUUCAAAGUACAUAUUUUACAGCACUGGAAACCCCGCUUGGCAUUUUUCUUCAUUGACGAACUAUGUUGGCGAUCUCAAUGGAAUGAAUUGGCACUGAAGAGGACUGGACUAGCUACUGCUUUCCUGUGAAUGAAUUGCCUGGACCACAGAGGCCCAGUCGCAGGAGAGGUACCGACGCCGGCGUGAGGGAUGCCUGGGUCAGACCGACACCAUGGGACCAAGAGGAAGCCGGAAUCUAGCGCGAGCGGUGUGCCACACCAGACCCAGGCCCCGAGUCAUACCUCUGCGGGAGACAAGGCGAGCAAAGACGGCAAGGUGCAGUUAAAACCUUCAAUGUCCUCUUCCUCUUCAAAACGCAAACGGCAUAAGUCAAUCAAACAUAAUCGGGAAUCCUCGGCGGCACCGGGACCCGAAUAUUUUGCCCUCGGCGAUACGGCGCCACCUGGUGUCAACACGGUGAAGCCUCUGGUGGAGUACGACGACAUCAGCUCCGACUCGGACACUUUCUCGGACCCACCGUCCUCCAGGCCUUCUGAGAGGGGGGGCGGGGACCGACUGGAGCCCUCACCAGACUACGAUAGGGACGAUAUCGACAGAGAAGCAGGCGGUAGAGAGAACAGGGGGCACAGGCACUCCCGAAAAAAGUCCAAGGACCCCAACAAAGUUAGAGACUCUGGGAAUGAGGACCGCGGUUACAAGAAAAAGAGCAGCAAAGACCGUGAGAAAGGGAGUUCUGGAAAGAGCAAGGAGAAGGCUCCCUCAUCAGGCCCCUCAUCCAAACGCCAGAUCCACCCAGAGGGUGACUCCAAACGUGGGGAGCUGAUGCUCUCCACCCAGGUACAGCCUGCAGCCAGUGUAGGUAGCACUACUUCCUCUACAUCUUCAUCCCGCAGCAAGGAGAGCAGCCGCUCAGGGAAGUCCCGCAAAGACCGGCAGCAACGAAGAGAAGGCCGAGCGGAGGGCAGCCGCAGCUCCUCGCAGAGGAACCGAGCAGACAGGAGCCACCGCAAGUCCUCCAAGAGCCACAAGUCAAGUCCUAAGGGCAAGUCCAGUAGGGGUAGCCCCCGCAGGAAAGGCACCAGCUCUGCUCUUUCUCCCAGUCCCAGAAGAGGCGCUGGCAGUGAGAGUCCACAAGGCAGUGGGUAUGGGCAACAGGGGGAUGACAGCUACUCCAGUCGGAGGGUGUCCCAGCAGAGCCCCAGUCCCUACGCGGACAUGUCUCGCCGCAGCAGACAGAGAUCGGACAGCCCCUACGGAAGCAGACACAGGUCCUCCAGCUAUGAGCGGGACAGCAGCCCUUAUUCGAGGAGACGUUCCAUUAGCCCCUAUGGUACCCGGAGGUCCUCCAGCACCAGCCCCUUGUCUCGGCGCUCUGGCCGUUCCAGGAGUCGCUCCCCUCUGCACUACUCAUCUUCUCGCCGCUCCUCCUCUCGUUCCCGUACCAAGAGGCAUACUUCCUCUGGUGUAGCGGGCAGCAGUUCCCACAGCAGCCGGCCAGCUAGCCGCUCCCCUCCAUCCUCUCGCCUGCCGCUCAACUCCAGCCUGGGAGCAGAGCUGAGCCGAAGAAAGAAGGAACGCCAGGCUGCUGAGGCGGCUGCUCGUGCCACUGGUGGUGCUUCCCCUCUUCCGCCAGCGCGUAAAUCUGCAGGCACCACCUUACGGCCUUCUAAAGCUGAGGCUCCACAGCCAGAAAGAGAUGCAGCAGCAGAACCUCUGCCACCGCCGCCUGCGCUUUUACCCCAGGAUGCUCCCAGUGGCGAAGAUCAGGUUACUGCACCUGUACCUUCCUCUUUCACCUCCUCCCCGGCGCCGCCUCCUCCUCAGCCCUCUCCUCCCGUGCCACCCGGUCCAGCCAGCCAGGUUCCACCACCGCCACCUCAGGCAGAUACAGGCAUUCAGCCUCCCCCACCCUCAAACACAUCCCAGGCCAAAUCGCCAGCUCCGAUUCCUACGCGCAGCCCCGUCCGCCAGACCCCGCUCCACAAGACGUCAACUCUGCCCCCCCUGCCUUUACCGCCUGCACUGCUGGGAAACGCUCAGGACAGUCCAAAGAAGUCCACUCCUCCUCAGAGGUCAUCUAGGAAGGAGAAGGAAAUUCGCAGCCGGCCAUCGCUCAUCGACCUUCCGUUACCGCCCACCCUGGCCGGAGGUGACUCUUCUCCCCCACAAUCCCCCAUCCGCCAGCCUCCAUCGCUACCCCAGCCAGCCCUAAAGAAGAGACCAAAGAUUUGUUGCCCGCGAUAUGGCGAGCGCAAACAUACCCAGAGUGACUGGGGAAAACGCUGUGUAGAUAAAUUCGAUAUAAUCGGCAUCAUAGGAGAAGGCACCUAUGGCCAAGUGUACAAGGCCAAGGAUAAAGACACAGGUGAACUGGUGGCUCUGAAGAAAGUGCGUCUGGACAAUGAAAAGGAGGGUUUCCCAAUCACAGCCAUUAGAGAGAUCAAGAUCCUGCGGCAGCUCAAACACUGCAGUGUCGUCAACAUGAAGGAGAUCGUCACUGACAAGCAGGAUGCUCUCGACUUUAAAAAGGACAAAGGUGCUUUUUACCUGGUGUUUGAGUACAUGGACCACGACCUGAUGGGCCUGCUGGAGUCGGGCCUGGUCCAGUUCUCCCAUGAGCACAUCCGCAGCUUCAUGCGCCAGCUGAUGGAAGGUCUGGACUACUGUCAUAAGAACAACUUCCUUCACAGAGACAUCAAAUGCUCCAACAUACUGCUCAACAACAGAGGUCAGAUCAAACUGGCUGACUUUGGUUUGGCCCGCCUUUACAAUUCAGAGGAAAGUCGGCCGUACACUAAUAAAGUAAUCACACUAUGGUACCGCCCCCCUGAACUCCUGCUGGGAGAGGAGAGAUACUCUCCAGCCAUCGAUGUUUGGAGCUGUGGGUGCAUUCUGGGAGAGCUCUUUACCAAGAAGCCCAUCUUCCAGGCUAACCAGGAACUUCUACAGUUAGAGCUCAUCAGCCGUCUAUGCGGGAGUCCCUGUCCUGCUGUCUGGCCUGACGUCAUUAAACUCCCCCUCUUCAACACCAUGAAACCCAAGAAGCAGUACAGACGGCGUCUGCGCGAGGAGUUUGCCUUUUUACCUUCUACUGCUCUGGACUUGCUGGACCGAAUGCUGACCCUCGACCCUGCACGGCGCUGCACAUCAGAGCAGGCGCUCAACAGUGACUUCCUGUGUGACGUUGAGCCCAGCAAGAUGCCGCCACCAGAUCUGCCUCACCACCAGGACUGCCACGAGCUGUGGAGCAAGAAGAGACGGCGUGCGCGUCAGAGUGGGCUGCCCGAGGAUGUGCCUGCACCCAAAGUGCCCCGUAAGGAUGCGACGGGGACCUCCAGCGCAGAGAACAGCCGGCCCCAAAACAGCCCAGCCGGUGCCCCGCCACCUCCACCAGGAAAACCGCCUUCCACAGCCAACUUAGAGCACGAGUUGUCAGGCCUGGGCGCUGCUGCAGAACAGUUGAACCAGGCAGAGAUGGCGGUGCUGCUGAACCUCCUCCAGGGACAGACGGACCUCAGCCUGCCCCAGGUGGCACAGCUCCUCAACCUCUCCAACCCAGAGACUCUCAGCCAGUCCUUGUCUGCCCUCAGUGAGGCCUCUGACCACCAGGGGGCUCCAGAGGACCAGGCCCCAUCUGCUGCUAGGUCCCAGCCCCCAGAGCCGCCUCCUGAACCCCAGGAACUCUCGCCAACAUCCGGAGACCCGCCACUCAGCCAGGAAGACCAGGCCAACCUGCUGGCUCUCAUUUUGGGCCACAUCAUCAAGCCACAAACUGAGGAACAAGGCGAUGAGAGCAAUGGCGUCCAAUCAGAGGAGGCAUUAACGCGCGAUUCGUCUGCCUCUACUACUGAUCGCAAGGAUGCUGCAGCAUCAAAAAGGAAACCGCUUGGGGCCAACCAGGUGCCAUCUGGUGAGCAGCGUCCACCCUCUCCACCAGGCCCACCUCCUUCGGCUCUCCUCCUUGGAAAUGCCCAGCAAGCCGGGUCUGAAACCCAACCCAGCCAGGACAUCAGCCCUGCCGUGGCAGCCGCCUUGCUCCAGCUCAUCUCUCAGCAGGACUCGGAAGCGGGGGGCCCUCAGCGCAGCAAGGACCCCUCUCCUGCCGUGGAUGUUCCGGCACGGGGACAGCCCCCUCCACCCUGGGUUGCAGACUCUCCACCUAAACCCUCAGCUGCAGCUGAGGCCCCAGCAGGACUAGUGACUGCCGCUCCCACCACUGCAGCACAGUUCCCGAAGGACCAGGACCUCCGCUUUUCCCAUGGAGCCGCCCGCUGACCCUCAAUCCCCUGGUGAGACAGAGAGGUAUCUUGGGAUGGCUCCAGCUCCCUGACCUGAAGGGAAAGGCAGGGGACGAAGGCAGAGGGACACCUUCAGGUUAUGACUCACUGGACGAUGAGCAGGUAGCUAAAGCUUAAUCAAAGAUUUUGAAAAUGAAUGUCUGAAAGAGAUUAAGGGCCUUUCCAGGUCGUGAACAUCACUGCCCACUGAGCAAGCUGUCAUGUUGUGCCGGAGGGAGCUGGUGUUGGUCUGAACAAUCCUGUUAGGGACAGUCGCCACCUGCAAUCCCUUGCUCUCUGCUGUCCUGACUUGAAUGAAGUUUAGCUUCCAAAUUGAGUGCCACGCAACUGACACUCAACUUAGAAAGCGACUGUGAUCUUUUUCUUCCAAAACAAAUGAUUGUCAUGUCCACUGCAGUGCCCACUUCUGACUAAAAGUUAGGAGUGUUUUGGGAGAAUGGAGUCACUGUCCACUCCGUCGUGGAGUGGCGUCUGUGAUGAAGUGGAAGAUUAGCUCAAGCUAAAAUACUGUGUAUGGGUAUAUUUGAGGCAAUGAGCGCACUGAUAUGAACUCUGGAGGACUAUGAGUUUCCCAUUAAACCGUACAUGCUGGCUAGCUCCCCCCUUCCCCCGUGUGCCUCCUCUGUGACCCCAGCGACCCCUGAAUGAUCUUAGCCAUGUGGGGAAGUGUGGGUUAAGUUUCUGCUUUGGAUGGCACCUACAACAGUGUACAUCUACAGGACUGCGUUUUGUUCCGUAUUGCAUCCUAUCACCAAUCCAACUGAACUGCGAUGUGCUCUCGGCCCACAUGAACAUUUUCCUUCCUUUACUUACAACAAACCUCUGUGUCGUAACAAGCCUAAGCCUGUAGUACUCACUUUUCUGUCUCAAAUAUGGAUUAAACCACUACAUUAUGAUCCAACUGCUCCAGAAUGCACACGCUAUUCUGCCAGCUGAAGUAUAAAGCUAGAAACAUAUAAUCACACUCACAGGAACUGACUGGCUCUCAAAGCCUCGUUUAACAUGUCGCCGCCUCCCUGCCAAUUUGUGCAACAAAUGGUUUCGGUCUUUUUUUCUUUUCUUUUUUUUGGUGAAGUUAUUUUCUACAUGAAGAAAAACAAUACCCGCUUUAAAAAAGUAAUGGUCUAUGUUUCUGUUUCCAUUUUUUUUCAGUUGGAAAAGGAACGGCAGGAGAAAAUGGUUACACGUGUCUGUAAAAAGGAAAAAAAUAUUUUGUAAUAUGUGUUUUCUUGGUUCAGUUUAUUAAAGGAAGUUA